GUUGUACCGUGGGAGCAGCAGCAGUCAGUGUCCUUUUAUCCCUCGGACACUACACACCGGCUGGAGCAGGAGAGGGAUUCAGAGACAGAGCCUUGUUGGACUGUAGAAGGACAGUGCUUCAACCAGGAUGAACUUUGCUGCCCAGUUAUUCUACUCAAGCUACUUGAGCGAGCGACUUGAGCGUUUGUACUCACCUAGGCCUGCACUUAAAGACAGCGAGGAGAAUGACCCCUUCUGGCAGAGAGAUGAGUUGCAUCUGGGCCCCAGUCAACCUGGUGCCUCUUUCAAAUGCGGCCCCGUCAGUAAUGGCACUGCAGGCCGCAGACCCACCCUCAUUGAACCAGAGCGGCUGAAGGACUUUGGUGAGGAGGAACUUCUCAAUGGCGAUGUGAAGGUCCAGGACACUAAGCUGAUGGGCCCUGAGAUCAUACUCAUGGAGCCCCCGAAAACUAGAAGAGUCAGCGAGUUCAGGAUCGUCCCCAGGCCUCCUGCGCAGUACCUCCGCUUUGAGGACAUUAGCGCAGCAGCCUUCAAGAUCCAGUCAGAGAUACAGAAGACACCCUGCACGUACUCCAGGCUGUCCAAACAGUACGGGAUGGAGAUCUACCUGAAGAAGGAGCACCUGCACUACACAGGCUCUGUGAAGGAGAGAGGAGUGCUGUACCUGCUCUCCUCCCUCACACAGGAGCAGCAGAGAAAGGGUGUGAUCGUGGCCACCGACUGUAACUUCUCCAUGGCCGUGGCUCACCAUGCCGUGGAGCUGAGGAUCCCCGUGUUUGUCAUCAUGCCGUCGUGCUGCUCCUCCCCUCGCCUCAGGAUCUACAGAGACUACGGCGCCAUGGUCAUCUCCUACGGCAGCACCGGCCACGAUUCCCUGAACCACGCCCGCCAUCUGGCCAAGGAGAACGGAUACCUCUAUGUGGAAGAAGAUGAAAGUGCAGUGUACCUGGCAGGACUGGGCACUGUGGGCAUGGAAAUCUAUGAACAAGUGCCCAAACUGGAUGCGGUGGUUGUUCCUGCAGCUGGACAGUAUGGUCUCCUGGCUGGCACCGCCGCAGCCAUCAAACACCUCAACCCACAAAUUCUUGUCAUAGGAAUUGAACCAGAAGGUUUCCCUCUGCUGUUACAAUCUCUGAAAACAGACAGUCCAGUCACAGACAUGCACAGCAACCCCAAUAAGAAACUCUAUGGCGAUCUCGUGGGGCAUUCGCUUGGUGUGAACACCUUCCAGCUGGCAAAGAAACUAGUCGAUAAAGUCAUCUCUGUCAGUGAGGAGGACGCUCUGGUGGCGAUGCUGCGGUUUCAGGAGUUUGAACGCUCCACCGUGGACACAGAGGGUGCCAUGGGACUGGCUGCCAUCCUGGCCGGACAGCUGCCGGAGCUGAGAGGCAAAAAGGUCGCUGUAGUGGUGAGCAGCGCUAACAUGGAGCUGGAGCUGGUGAGGCAGUGUGUUGACCGAGCCCUGGUGCUGGACGACCGGGUCAGUAAGUUCUCUGUGCAGCUGGGAGAAUGGCCGGGGGACAUGGCCAAGCUGCUGGACGUCCUGUCCAGAGAGGACGUCAGGUUGUUGGACAUCUGCCAUCGGAGACACAGUGGCAAGUCAGACCUCUUCAAGGCAAAGGUGGAGUGUGCGGUGGAAACCAGGGAUAAGACUCAGAGCGCUCAGCUGCGCAAGACGCUGAGUGAGCGCUACCCUUCUAUACGCUGGCUGGACCGGUGA